AUGCGGGGCCCACCCAAGUAUAACACCCCGAAGGAGGCAAGUCCGUCUCAGCUUGAUCAAGUGCGAGUUGAGCAUCUUCGUUGGGCGAGUAGGCACCCCAUCAUCACCCUGUCAGUUGUCUCAGCAGUCACCAAUAAGUUCUCAGUAGUGGAAUUCAAGAUGAUUAGGUCUUUUGUUGGAAAGAUACAAAAGGGUGUCUCACAAAUUGGGCCUGGAAAGCCUGCACUCAACUACGUGAAUGAAAAUCAAUUGAAGACCAUAAAUGUUGUGCCAGGUGAUGUUAGUAAAGGGUAUUUUGCUGUUAUUGCAAUCAAAGAUGGAGAAAUAAAAAGGUUUGUUGUGGAGUUAGAUUACUUGACUAAUCCUGCAUUCUUGGGACUCUUGGAUCAAGCUGGAGAAGAGUAUGGUUUCAAUCAGCAAGGAACUCUUGCAGUCCCUUGUCGGCCUCAGGAAUUACAGAAGAUUCUAGAUGGUUGGAGAAUUAGACCAGAUCGCGUCAAAAGUUCAGGAAGGGAUAUUUAUGUUCCUAAGUUCCCAUGA